GCCCAGCCCCAAAAUGGCUGGGGACAAGGAACUCGACGUGACUCUGUCACGGUCGGAAUCCAUCCGAUCGACCGUGCACAACUUCUCCCCUCUCCAUGAAUUCGCCUUCGUGUUCGUCGUCUGCAUGUCGCAGUUCAUGACCCAAGCCGCGCUGGGGACCGUUCUCGCGCCGCUGGACAUCAUCAGCGACAGCUUCGGGAUCACCAACCCGGGCAUCUCCAGCUGGCUGAUCGCCGGCUACUCGCUGACGGUGGGAACGUUCAUCCUGUUUUUCGGCCGAUGCGGCGAUCUGUUCGGGUACCGAUCGAUGUACAUCAUCGGGUUUGUCUGGUUCGCGGUAUGGUCGAUGAUCGCCGGCGUGAGUGUGUAUUCGAAUACGCUGCUCUUCAUCUUCGCCCGUACGCUGCAGGGUCUGGGACCCGCCAUGCUGCUGCCCAACGGCCUGGCGCUGCUGGGCGCGACGUAUCGCCCGGGAAAGAAGAAGUUCAUGGUCUUCUCGCUGUUUGGGGCCACGGCGCCCAACGGAUCCGUUUGCGGGGCCGUCAUCGCUGCCAUCUUCGCCGAGUUCGCCUGGUGGCCCUGGAUCUUCUGGUCCAUGGCCAUCUACUGCAUGGUGCUAGCUGGGCUGGCUGUCCUCGUUAUCCCAUCGUCCCCCGCACCGGCGCGGGGAAUGUCCGCCAGGGAGCUGCUCUGGGAGACGGAUAUCAUCGGUGCCACCCUGGGAAUCACAGGACUAGUGCUGGUGAACAUCGCCUGGAACCAGGCGCCCGUGGUGGGAUGGCACGUACCAUAUGUAUACGUGCUCCUGAUCAUCGGGACGCUGAUCCUGGCGGGGUUCUUCGUGUGGGAGAUCAAGUACGCCUCCAACCCGCUCAUCCCGUUCGAGACGCUCAACAUCGACGUAUCCUUCAUUCUGGCGUGCGUGGCGUGCGGCUGGGCCAGCUUCGGCAUCUGGAUCUACUACUUCUGGCGGUUCCUCGAAGACAUCCGGAUGAAGUCGCCGCUGGUGGCUGCAGCGGAGUUUGCCCCGCCGACAGUCGCGGGUCUGAUCGCCUCCUUCACGACAGGCAUCCUCUUGGGCAAGAUCCGACCCGGAUGGAUCAUGUUGAUGGCCAUGAUGGCCUUCACCAUCGGCAAUGUCCUCUCGGCCAUCGAUCCGGUUCAUCAGACAUACUGGGCGUUGACGUUUGUCACGCUGAUAAUCAUCCCCUGGGGAAUGGACAUGUCGUUCCCUGCUGCCACGGUCGUCUUGUCGAACGCGGUGGGGCGUCGUCAUCAGGGUGUCGCGGCGUCGUUGGUCACCACCGUCGUGAACUAUAGUAUCUCUCUGGGUCUGGGAUUCGCGGGCACGGUCGAGGCCCAUGUCAACAAUGGUGGGAAGACCUUCCACGACAGGCUGAAAGGGUAUCGUGGCGCGUUGUAUAUGGGUAUCGGACUCGGGGUGCUGGGUCUUGCCACCAGCUUGGUUUAUCUGAUUAAGAGUCGACCGAGAGCCAACGAGGAAAAGACAUUGUCGGAGGAGGUGACCGAGUGAAGGUCGCCAGUUGUU